AUGAGUAAUUCACCAAGUGGAAGUACUCAUUCAUCCGGCCGGGACAAUCCUUCUGGAUAUUUAACUUCAACAAAUACAAAUCGUAGAAAUAGUAGAGAAAGUCCAAUGGCAUUCUAUGAAGUUCCACAAUCCAUUGCAAAUAUACCAACAAAGAUAAUUAGUGAUGCUAAACAAUCAUUAAGAGAUAUGCCAACAACACGCCCAUAUACACCACGUAAUGAUUCAAGAUAUACAACAUUAAGUAAACUUAAUCAUGAACCAAAUUUAUUUAGUGCAUCAUCGAUUGAUUAUGACUCUGAAUCACGACCAUCGUCUAGUAGACCGAUAGAGACAAAACGACGGAAUUCAAAAGGAAUAUCCGAUAUUGCCGCUCCCGUUGCAAUACCACCACCAAGACUUUCAAAACUUAAUCAUCAAACAUCCCAAGAACAAACUCGUUCGAGUGAUUCGACUGUUUCAAAUCAAACUCGUUCAGGUGAUACUACUGUUUCAAGUCAAACUAAGCCUCCAUUACCAGCAAAUCAUCAACGAUCAAGUACAAUAUCAAGUGCAUCAUCAAAUACUUCUUCUACAACUUCAAAAUCCUCUCAUCGAAAUUCGAUAACCACCACCAAAGAUGAAUCAUCCGAUGAAAAUCUUAUUUGGAAAAAUGAAAUAAGUCCAUUAAUUGAAAAACUUAUAACUGCUUAUAAAACAAAUGAUUAUCAACAAUUUGAUCAAAUAUCUAAUGUUCUUUACAAUGUUUUAUUAAAACAUAAUCUAUUUGGCAAAAAAAAUAAUAAAAAACGAGGAGAAUUCCUUAAAACAUUAUUUGGUUUUAUUGAAUCGGAUAAUUCAUUAGUAAAAUUUCAUGUUGCUCGUUUAAGUCUUGCUUUUCAAGUAAGCAGUACAAAUAAUUUACGAAAUAUAAUUCGUGUAAUAGAAAAACUAAGUUCAAAUAAAGACAAUGAUCAUUUCUUUUUACAAACAAAUAUUAUUGAUCUUCUUUUUGAAACAAUGUCACGUAUUGAUGAUAUACAACAAAAUCUUGAAUCAAUUGCAUAUUUUUGUACAACAUUAAAAAAUUUAACUGUUAAUAAUGAACUUAUUUGUUUAAUAUCGGAAAAAAAACCAUUUGAAUUAUUGAAAAUAAUUUUAAAAAAUCUUCGUCAAUUAAAAGAUCAAGCUGAACAUCGUGAUCGAUUACGUGAUUGUUUAGUACCAUUAACAGAUGCAUUAAGAAAUUUAGCUGAAAAUGAUCUUAAUCGUUCAGAAUUUUUAAAUGAUGAGUUAAUUGAUCAUUUAACAUUUAUAUUAAAAUAUUUUACAGAUAAAUCUCAUGGAGAUUUAAUGACAAAUGUCGCACGAAUAUUUAGUAAAUUAACACAACAUACGGAUUGUUGUUUGAAACUUGUGCAAUGUUCAUCAUGCUAUCGAUCAUUUCUUAAAAUACUUGUUAAGCAUGAAAGUAAUCAAGCAUUAGUAGUUCGUGUUUGUUUCAUUCUUGGUAAUAUGAUGGCUAAAAGUGAAGAUGCUCGUUUAACAUUUAUGAAAGAUUCUCAUGCAUUAAAAACAUUAACAAAACUUCUUCAUUCCUACAUUCAACUUGAUUCACUUGUAUUAAAACCUGAAAAUCUUGAUAAUGAUGAUUCUACAAGUCACGAUGUUGAUAUUGUUGAUGAUUCAAAUUUAAAUCAAUUUCGUUCAAUUGAAAAUGUUAUUAAUAAAGUUAUACGUGUAUUAAGUAAUUUAGCUAUUUCACAAGAAAAUGGUUUAAUUAUUAUUCGAAGUGAUGAUUGUAUUGAUCUUUUAUUUAAAAUUCUUAAAGCACCAAAUCAACAUAGUGAAGAAUUACUUGUUCAUGUUUUAAUGGCAUUAAAUAAUUUAUCAUAUUAUGAUGAUCCACAAAGUUAUAUUAUUCGAAAUGCUGAAACACUUGCUCAAUUAUUAGUUAAAUAUAUUCGAAAUGAAGAUAAAAUGGAUUGUGUUGUUGAAGCAUUUCGUGUACUUGGAAAUUUAUCAAGAGCGAAAAGAAUUCGUGAUAUAUUAAUGAAAUGUAAAGUUGAUCGUUUGGCAAUUCAUCAUUGUCGAUCGGAAAAUAUUGAAUUAUUAUAUGCAGUUAUUGGUGUAUUAAUUAAUUUAACUGUUGAUGAAGAUAAAAGAGAAUGUUUGAAAAAUUCCGAUGGAAUUGAUAGUCUUGCUUGUAAAGCAUUAUGGAAUUAUUGUGAUAAUAAUUAUGAAAAAACUGAUAAUCAAUCACUUUGGUUUACUAAAGAGCAACUAAAUAUUCUAUUUGCUCUUUUUGAUGAGUCUCUUCAUGAAAGCAAUCUUGAAUCAACUGAUGAUAAAGAAUUAGAUGAAUUAAAUAAACAGCUAUGGAAUGAAGAAUAUUAUCCAGUUGCAUCACGUUUAUAUCAACGUUUAGUAGACGAAAAUAAAUAUUUUCAAUCAAAUGAAAAAACCAAUAAUCAUGCAUAA